AUAAAUUUCCAAACGAAACAAUCAGCAGCAAGGUUUCAACCCUGAUCGGCUCAGAGCUCUGUCAGUCAGUAUUGAAGGCGACCCAGUUUUUAUUAUUCCACGCUGUAUCGAUUUUGAUGAUGGCAGCAGUUUUGGCCAAUAGAUUUUAAACAACCGACACGGGACAAUCUUAAUGGUUCGUACUUGUGGGUUUAGUUUGUCGCGAACCGUCGCGUAAAUAACUUCACCUACCUGCCGAAUUCAAGUUCUUAUUUGAGGAAACUCCACAACUAAGUACCAUCUGGCGUCUGCGUUAUAACCUUCACCUGUCCCGUGCCGAAACCAUGGGGUUCGGUCCACUCGAAAGCCAAUACACGCGCAUGCGCAUCAUGCUGACGCGCCCCACAAGCGCACUGAUUUUGCUAAUACUGGACGCCUGCAUCUGGCUCCAGCGCACGGACGUGGUCGAUUAUCGGAACCGCGUGCAGGACAUCCCGUCCCAGUUCAUCUACGACGUGUACGACUUUGUGGUGAUCGGUGGCGGAAGUGCGGGAGCGGCAGCAGCCGCCCGUCUCUCGGAGGUGUGCGAUUGGAACGUGCUGCUGCUCGAAGCCGGCACUGACGAAUCGUUUCUCAGCGAUCUUCCCUACCUGUAUCCAGCGCUACAGAAGGGCCCACUCGAUUGGCAGUUUGAAACGGAACCGAACGAACGCUUCUGUCAGGGUAUGCGCGGCAAUCGGUGCAGCUGGCCACGCGGCAAAGUGCUUGGCGGGAGUUCCGUGUUGAACGCGAUGAUGUACGUGCGCGGCCACCCGGAAGAUUACGACGAGUGGGCCCGGUUCGGUAACAGGGGCUGGAGCUGGCAAGAUGUGCUGCCGUACUUUGUGAAGAUGGAAAAUGUGCGUGACCCGAACAUUGCCGGCCGCCCGUACCACGGUACGACGGGCCCAAUGACGGUGGAGCUGAUCCGCAACCGGUCCGCGCUGCAGCCAAUGUUUCUGCAGGCGGCCCAAGAGCUCGGCAUGAAGCUGGCGGAUGAAGUGAACGGACCCGACCAGCUGGUGUUUGCACCACUGCACGGUUCCAUCCGCGACGGGUUGCGGUGCAGCACCGCCAAGGCGUAUUUGCGACCGAUUGGAAAUCGCAAGAAUUUGCACAUCUCGAUGAACUCUAUGGUGGAGCGGAUACUGAUCGAUCCGAAGGAUCGGCGUGCCUACGGUGUAGUGUUUCGCAAAGGCAACCGGCGGCAGUUCGUGCUGGUGACGAAGGAGAUCGUCCUAUCCGCGGGCGCACUGAACAGCCCGCAUCUGCUGAUGCUGUCCGGAGUGGGGCCACGCGAUCAGCUGCAGCGGCACGGCAUUCGCGUGAUCCACGAGCUACCCGGCGUUGGGCAGAACCUGCAGGAUCACGUUGCCGCCGGGGGUGGCGUGUUUUUGAUCCAAAACCCGACCGGAAGCGCACCGCUCUCGAUACGCCUGGUGGAAGUGAACGAAGUUUCGGUGGCACGCGACUUUCUGUUUCGGAACCAGGGCCGGCUGCUGUCGAUGCCGUCCUGCGAGGUGAUGGGGUUUAUCAACACCAAGUACAACAAGCCGGGCAGCCGGCGGGGCGAUGUGCAAAUUUUCAUGUCCGCUCAAUCGGAUAUCUCGGACGGUGGCACCGAGGGACAGGCUGGCGCCGGUCUCACCUACGAAUACUAUGCGCGCAACUUUGAGUCGUGGGUGUACCACGAUUCCUUUCUGAUCAUGCCACUGCUGAUGCACCCAGAGAGUCGCGGCUGGCUCGAGCUACCCAGUGCCAAUCCAAUGGAUAAGAUCAAAAUCUAUCCCAACUAUUUUGCGGUCGAGCGGGAUCUGGACAUUUUGGUCGAAGGGCUCAAGUUUGGCGUGCGCGUUGCUGAGACGUCCGUGAUGAGGAAGAUCAACGCAACGUUCAUUUACGAUGCAGAGCACGGUGACACGUGCAACGGACAGGUCGGUGACGCUUUCUUCAAGUGUCUCAUACAGCAUUACUCGCAAACGAUCUAUCACCCGUCAGGCACCGCCAAGAUGGGACCAGCGACCGAUCCGAUGGCGGUGGUCGAUGAUCAGCUACGGGUACACGGUAUAGGAGGGCUGCGCGUUGUAGACGCUAGCAUAAUGCCGAAGAUAACAACAGGAAAUACAAACGCACCGACCAUCAUGAUAGCGGAACGGGCUGCCGACCUGAUCAAGUACGCACAUCUGCCGGCCCUGGCACGCGAAGAACACUAUCGGCAGUGCGCUAGUAUCGACUACCAGUAUCACCCGUCCACCAGCAACACAGUGACGAAGGUUAUAAAAAGUUCCAAAAAAGUUCCAUAACAUGCAAUCGUAUUUAUCGUUUAGUUACGGUGAUCUGCAAGGUUCUUCUACUAUUUUACUAGUACAAUAUCACUCACAAGAUUAAUCGUAUGUGCACGAUCCACUCGAUGAAUCUUUCAUUAGCCAUUAGUUAGAGCUUGUUAAGUAAGUCGCAAUUCUUAAAACCUAAAAUAGAAUUAGCCGAUUGCGACAAGUCUAUCUGUUUACAUGGAUUAUCAGUUUCGUGGAACUGAUAAUCAGCGGCGUCUUCCUGAUUGCAAUCACAAAUGGCAAUUAUCGCUUUGACACAAUUGGCGUAAAUAUUUAUUUAGUUCAAUCUAAAAGCAAAAUCGGUUAAAGCGAAUAAGUGCAGGUAUAGAAAAAGGUAGAAUUUAUGAUCUGUUGCACUCCAAAUUCAAAAGAGGGCUUAUUUGUUUGGGCUCAAUUGUGUUCCAUGUACUUGUGUCUUUAGAUGACGCAACAUUGUUACAGGUUUCAAGUAGGAACAGAAAAAAACUCGCCAACAAUCGAUGCAAAAUUUGUUUAUUUUUUUAUAUUUAACACUAGUCCGAACUACAUUGCCAAUAAUGUGGUAGUUGCGGACGAAUAACACGCAAAAGAAUACAUGAAAUAAAUAAAAAAAAACGACGCUAAAUUAAAACUCGUAUGACCGAC